AUGGCCAUUUACUUCGUUCAGUCCAAUCUCACUCGACACCUACGACCUUCAAUCUUCGGUCUAAAGACGUCUCGAUCACUCUCAUCACAAAGUCUUCCCUUCGCCUCUCAUAUGUCUCAGACUACGGUUGAGGAGGCAGACCUAAAAGGUCUACAGGAGGAAAAUUGGCGCUUGACCAAGGAAACAGGACAAGACGAGUUAGAGAAAACUUACUACUUCAAGACCUACACGAAAGUCGCCAAGCAAAUCAGCAAAUCACCACGCAACAAUGAUAUCGAAAUCUGGCUCCCUAACAACAUACUCAUGGCACGAUACUGUGACGAGCAAGCAGGAUACAUUGGCACAGUGAAUGCCAACGAUGCUCAAUGCUGCCAGCUAGUGCUGUGA